GCGAGUGUCGAUGUCAGUCGUAAGGCGCUGUGUGUGUGUGUGUGUGUUGUAGUUGCACAACUUCCUGAAAUUUAUGUAUUUACGUAGAGCAGACACACAUAGAUAGAUAUGUUAAUAAAAGACACAGGUUACCAUAUUUUGAAUGUUCAUAAAUAGGAGAAUGUUGUUCGCCGGCUAAAAGGAAUGGUAACAUGUUUAAUUAGAAGGCGACGUAUGAGACUCAAGAGAAGAGGCGCUAAAAUUCAACGUGCUUAGAGGGAAAGGUCUGACUGAUUAACAAGCUACGAAAUUGUAUAUACAGGUCGUUUCGUUAUGUCUGAUUUGGGAAGCGGAGAUGAAGGCAUCUCAGGAUCAAAAUACAAUGUCGCAAACAUGGAGGGUUCCUCCAGUAGGAACGAGUUUGAUUCCUCAGUAAAAGGUGGCAGCGGAGUGGAGCAGGAAUUGGCCACCAAAAUGCUUCAAAUACAAUCCAAACGAUUUUAUCUGGAUGUUAAACAAAAUCGAAGAGGUCGCUUUAUAAAAGUUGCAGAGAUUGGCGCUGAUGGCAGACGAAGCCAAAUAUAUUUGGCUCUAUCAACUGCAGCCGAAUUUCGUGAUCACUUGUCGUCUUUUAGUGAUUACUAUGCUUCUCUAGGCCCCCCUAACACUGACAAUUUACCGGAGGAUGGUAAAUUAAAAUCCGAAAUGAUGAUAAAAGAUUAUAGAAGAUAUUAUUUGGACUUAAAGGAAAAUGCGCGAGGACGAUUUCUACGGGUGUCACAAACCAUUACAAGAGGUGGACCUAGAUCUCAAAUCGCUCUACCAGCUCAAGGCAUGAUUGAGUUUCGUGAUGCCCUUACAGAUUUGUUAGAAGAGUUUGGAGCAAACGAUGGAGGCAGGUUUAAAGGGGACUUGCCUGAGGAGCGGCAUAUGAAAGUGGAUAAUAAAAACUUUUAUUUCGAUAUCGGACAAAACAACCGAGGAGUCUACAUGCGGAUAAGCGAAGUAAAAAAUAACUUUCGAACUUCGAUAACUAUCCCAGAGAAAUGUUGGAUUCGCUUUCGAGAUAUUUUUAAUGAUUAUUGCGAAAAAAUGAAAAAAUCGUCCGACUUAAUUACUGCCGAAAAUAAUCUACCGACAUCCUCAAAUAGUCUUAAAUAAAUAAAUAUCGCGUGAUUUAUGCAAUCUUAAUAGAAGGCAUAAAAAAUGUAUUUAAAUAUGUCGAUUGACCAACAAAAAUGAAAAGCUUGUAAUGUUUGACAUAACUAACUAAACUCAGAAAUAUGCGAAUGAUUAAGCUUGAAUGACACACAAAUAUAUUUAUUUAGUAGCAUUUAGAAAAAUAUUUGUUAGUAUUAUUUAGUUUUUUAUUAUAAAAUAAUAACGUAAUUUAGUUAGCGUUAAAGUAGAGAAAAUUAUAUCUUUAAAUCACUCAGACAGAAUCGAAUAAUUAAUUUGUGCUUGGUCUGAGAAUCUGCGCGCCAUGUCACCAUAAUGUAAUAAUAUGUAAAAAUCCACUAUUUUAUCUUCGGUUUUUCAAUGACCGAUUUAGGUUGGUCAAAAGGACCCAAUAUAAUAUCUCAUAUGGCUAAUUGCUGUCCCUUGCGGCCCUUACAAGGCACAAUCAACUUUUAAUUAAUUCAUGAAUUUAUCGGUUAUAGUUAAUACAAUUUAUUAACAAUAAUUAAAACGAAAUAUGAAAGGUUUUAAAUAUAACAAUUACGGAAAGAAACAAUUGAUAAAUUUGGAGAAAAGCCAACUUCAGUAUAAGUAAAAAAAAUCGGAUCCCAUUUAAUAAUACAAAAUUUGCAUUCUGAUACAUAAAGAGAAGAUGUCAAAUCUCAAUUACAAAUGUUUCUAAACUCUAUGAUUUGGUUUACCCUACUAAUAUAUUGAUACACCGGUUCCGAAUCUUAUAUUUUGGCAAAAGUUUCAAGGCUUUCAAUUGGCUUUUGCAUGUUUUGUUUUGAUGUGUUAGAUUUAUCCGUAACCAAGUCCGUCCGACCGUCUAUAUAAAACCCUAUAUCUCGGUGAAUAUAAAAACUAUAGCUUUGUAAAUAAAAAUUACUGCUCGAUAGAUCUUAAUGGAGGGGACAUAGCAGAACAUUUACAAUACAAAACAUUUUAAAUACAAUUGCGUUUGCACCAUAACUUUUACAAAAAUAUUGGGUUCCGACUAUCUUAUAUAAAAUAUCUUAUUGCCCCAACUUUUGCGUCAUUUUUUUUCUAUUCAUUGAUAUCAAUUCUAUUGUGAGUUGAUAUAAUACAAAAUAAAUAUUAAAACACUUUCUACUUGUAAUGGGUAAUUCGUGCCGCUUGGAGUAAUGUUUGUCAUGAGAUAUAUUGCUAAAAUAUAUGGGUUCUGAAAAAUUUAAAUCAGGUUUCUGUAAUUAAGAAACAUUCAUAAAAAGUUUAAAAAAUUGUUAAAGCUUCUAAAAAUAAUAUGUUAUAUAUUAUUAUACAAAUUAAAAUAACUCCUAAACGCGUUUUUAAAACAAAAGUUUCAAUGUGAUCACGUAGAAUAACAAAAAUUACUAAGUACGAUGAAAAUGCAUAGCAAAAUAAAGAAACAAAUCGAAUGCGACACGUAAGCACAUACCUGAUAGAUUUCCCAGAGGAAUAUUGUCUACAGAUUGUGCUGCAGUGUGUGCUGAAUAAUAAACUAGAGCUAUUAAUUAUUUAGAAUUAAAAGUUGGCAGAUUUUGAGCUCAAUGAGAAUUCAUUGAACUGUUAUGGAAAAUUGUGAAUUAGCUCUCGUUAUUAUAUUUAUAAAAAACCAGAGCCAGUUCAUUUGAAGAAACAAAUAAAUAAAAUAAUUUAAUUUAUAAUAAUACAAUUGAAACUUAAAGCCGAAAAAGUCCUAACCGUUUCCCUAUUAGAGUCGAUGUUAAUCUGACUAUAAACUAAAAAUCUUUAUAUUUACCGGGAAAUGUAAGCGGCAAUAUGUUAAAGAGAUCCAACAAAUUAGUUAAUUAUAAAAAGUUGGUUUAUCUUCAAUGUUGUUUGGCAAAAAAGCAUAUUGUGUAUUUUAAGAGUUUUGUGAAAAUAAUAUGGAAAUAAAGUUGAAUUUAAAAAAAUGUGAAAGGAA